AUGGUAUUUACUGCUUCCCCGUCGACGCCGCCAUUGCCCUUUGAGCCACCUCGGGGACUCACGCUUGACGAGUUCCUAUUCUCCGAUAAGUAUGCACACCUGCGCGUCCGCAGGUCGAGCGAGGCAUUGGUAUGUGGUCUUUCUGGCAGGGUCUAUUCGACCGACGACCUAGAGGAAAAUGCCAGCUUGAUGGCGCGUGCGCUCGCGCAAGAGCUUGGAUGGCAACAGGAACAAGACCAAAAGAGUGGCAGGCAUGAGGCGAGAGUGGUGGCCUUAUACAGUGCCAACGCGAUGGACUUUCUCGUUGUGACCCUCGCGCUCCACCGACUCGGCGCGGCCGCUCUCCUGAUCCAUCCGACCAGCACAUCCACCGAGUUCAAGCAGCACCUCCUCAAGGUGCGCGCUGACGCGGUCUUCACUUGCGCUCCUCUGCUCGCGGAUUGCCUCACGGCAUGCGACGGCGAGGUGCCCAAGGCCCGGACGUACAUUCUCGACCUCCCAGGCACGCCAUCAGACCAGUCCUUCACAUCGUCAUCGCAGCUCCUCGAGAUAGGCAAGCAAGCUCCCGAGUUGCCACCGCGCGGACCCGCGUCUCCCAAGACAGCAGCCUUCUACUUCGCCUCGAGCGGGACCUCGGGGCUCCAGAAGCUCGUCAAGGUGUCGCACUACAACGUCAUAAGCAACGUUCUGCAGUCGUGCGCGUUCGAGAACCGUAAGGCCACGGGCGAGAAGCUCGACCGGAUGCUGGGCCUCUUGCCGCUCAGCCAUGCCUUCGCCCUCGUCGUGGCCUGCGUGAUGCUCUACCGCGGCGACACGAUCGUGCUGCUGCCCAAGUUCGACAUGCAGCAGAUGCUCAAGAGCGUGCAGGUCCAUCGCAUCAACCGGCUGUACCUGGUGCCGCCGGUCGUGGCGGCGCUGGCCAAGAACCCUUUCCUGCUGAACAUGUUUGAUCUGAGCACUGUUGAGAACGUCGUUCUGGGUGCCGCGCUCCUUGAUGGCCGCAUCGCGGACCAAAUGCGGGCGCUGUGUCCCCAUUGGGUGCUAUUGCAAGGAUACGGCGUGACCGAGGCCGCCGUGGUGAUAGCGUGCUCCAAGUCCAGCGACCUCCUGCUCGGGGUCGGGUCCUCGGGGACUUUACUGCCGGGCAUAGAGGCCCGUCUCGAGGCUGCCGACGGCCAGGAGGUCACGGACUUCGACACCGUCGGGGAGCUGUGCAUCCGGUCACCGAGCGUGGUCGAGGGCUACGUCGACGACGACGCAGCCAACCAAGCUACCUUUACCGCUGAUGGAUGGCUGCGCACAGGAGACAUGGCGGUGUUCCGACAGAGUCCUGCGACCAGCGACGCUCAUCUGUGCAUUGUGGACAGGAUGAAGGACUUAAUUAAAGUCUACGGCUUGCAAGUCUCACCCGCUGCGAUCGAGGCCGAGUUACUUUCGCAUCCGGCCGUAGCACAAGCUGCCGUUAUCCGGGUCGCCGAUGACGCGUCGGGCGAGGUGCCACGCGCCAUCAUCGUCUUGCAGCCGGAUGCUCUCAAAAGUCUGGAAGAAGCGGGUGAGGAUGGGGAGGAAGCGCUCAAGGACAGCAUUGCCCAAGUCAUUGAGGAGAGAAUGAGUACAUCGCAUUGGCUGAAAGGUGGCAUCGUGUUUGUGGAGAGUAUUCCGGUUAGUCCGGCCGGCAAGGUGCUGAAGAAGGUGUUGCGUGAGCAGCAUGGCACCCGAUGA